CGUUAGGGGAGAGACUGAUCCGCGAAUCUCCGGCAACUCUAAUCCCAGGUGGGGAUGCAACACCCGUGAUUUUCCAACUAUAUAAAGGCAGAUGCACCGUGGAUCCUUGGUAUAUCACGUAUCGGUCGUCAUUUAAGGACAAAGGGACAGUUAAGUCCACUUCGCACGAAGAAGUCUCUCGCCAUGAAGACGAUCCUUAUCUUCGUGACAGCGAUAGUGGGAGCACUCGCUGCACCCCAAGCUAAUCCAAAUGAAAUCACAAUAAUAAAGCAGGAGGAGCAGGACAAUAUAGGUGUAGGUGGAUAUCACUUCAGUUACGAACAGAGCGAUGGCCAAAAGAGGGAAGAAACUGCGGAAUUGAAAAAUGAAGGAACUGACGACGAGUUCCUCGACGUUACUGGUAGCUUCUCUUUUACAGCGCCAGAUGGUCACACUUAUAGGGUCGAUUACAAGGCUGACAAGGAUGGAUUUCACCCAACCAUUAAUCUCGUUUCGAAAUAGAAAAAUCUAAAAACUGAAGUUCCGCGCUAUCCUUAUCUAGGACUUUCCGACCAUCGACAAAUGCUAGUAUAAGUGUAUUAAAAUAUUAUAUACGUAUUUUAAAAUCGCGUGGCACGUGAUUCACUGUUCAAUAAGAUCAUUCUCGAAAGUGUUGUAUUUGUUUUGUUCAGCAUUAUAUAUUAUUUUUUUGUUCACUGCUAAAAUACAUUCGUUUCUUUUUUAUUUUUAUUAGUAUCAAAAUUACGAUAAUAGUAAUACAAAUCAUCAAAGGUGCAUAAAGUAAAAUGAUUGUUCUAUAAUAAUCAAAUUCAAUGAAAGUUUGAAAAGAACAAUGAAAUUAGAAAAAGAAUUAAUUUUUAAUAGCAAAUAAUAUUAUAAAAUCUGUAAAAAAAUUGAAUACCAUAAUAAAUGCGAUUAGAAUAUUCAUUAAAGUAAUGGUCUAAUCUCUAAAAUAAAGAAGAAUAGAUAAAGAAAUGUCCAUACAAAUGUUCAUUUAUGUAAUACAAAAUAAUUACGACAGUGACAUAUUCUAAUUGCAUUUAUGGAACGCGUGCCAAUGCAUCCAAACAAGUUAUUUUAAAUAGUUCAGAGAAACUAUUGAUAAACAUUUUGAACAAGAGGCGUUAAAAGUUCUAUUCACGAUCCAUUGUGAAAGAGGCGACGACGAAUCACUCAUUUACACAUUUUAGAAUUUGUGUAAAAAUGAGUAAUUUUUUAUACUUUUACUGUAUGUAUGUAACAAAACAUCAAUUGUGCAAAUAAAUAUAUACACAAAUUAA